AGGAGGAGGGCUCGCUUGUCAUGAAUGCCUCAGAAGAGUUGUGAAAACAACCAGCCGAAGAAGGGAGUCACGCAGUUGCAGAUGCAGCUCCCACGCUGAGACACACAGUCAGGUCCUUCAGGGAAAGAGUGUGAGAGAGUGUGAGCAGAAACGCUGGGGGACUGCCAAAGAGAGAGCGCUGUCACUGGAAGGUAUCUAUCCUCACACUUUCUGGGCUGUAAAAGAAUCAUCAGCCUCUGACAGAAGUUAGAAUUCUGCAGCAGAUGAAAUGAGAGCUUUGAGAAGUUAUAUGUAGGCAAAAAGGAAAAAAAUACAGGUUUCCAGUUUUAGUUUGCUUUCAGGGGAGGCUUUGAGCUCAAGAAGAACUCUUAAGAUUGAGUGAAGUCCUUCUGCAUUACCAUGGAUCAGCCAGCCAGCAGCUGCAUGCGGAGCACCCAUCCUAGCAACCCCAUCUGGGGGUGCAUGAGGAACCCCCACUCUGGGGUCCCAGGAAGCAACCUGCAGUCGCCCUACCAACAGGGCCCCUUCUCCAUGCACCAAAAACCUGAGUUUCUGGCCUACACGGACUUCUCCACUUCCUGCUUGGUGCCAAGCGCGCCCCAUGCAGCCUACCCUCGUGACGAAAGACCCUAUCAAGACAGCCACGGCGGUUACCCAAGAGGCGACUGGCAGUUCAGCCCCUGUGACACCCGGUCGAGAUCGACCGAUGCCUGCCCGUCUGCUUCAGCUGCGGUUGUGGGCACUGGAAGUGGAGGAGGUCCUGAGCUGGAGAGCGUGGGGACCGAAAGAUUGCCGGGCAGCAUGCAACCUGGGUCUCUGGAUGGAGAGUACUCACCCCAGAGCGUGGCAUCAGUUGACUCAGACAAGAAGAGCUCAAACAAAAGGAAGAGAGAUGUCACAGAUAUACAAGACUCCAGUUUUAAGGUGGAUUCCAGCUGCAAGGCCAGGAAAGAGCGCACAGCCUUCACCAAGGAGCAGCUCAGGGAGCUGGAGGCAGAGUUCACCCAUCACAACUACCUGACAAGACUCCGUCGCUACGAGAUCGCCGUCAAUCUAGACCUCACAGAGAGACAGGUUAAAGUUUGGUUUCAGAACAGGCGGAUGAAGUGGAAGAGAGUGAAGGGAGGACAAUCGGCUUCGCCCAACGACCUGGAAAAUGAUGACAUUGACUCGGCUGCUUCGCCCAGCUCUGAAUGAUGGAGGCCAGCCCUGUAGGAAAUUACAAAAAAAGGAAGCAACUUGAUCAGCUGGACGUGGACACAAUAUUUGGUUAAUUGUGUGGAAAGUUGGCUGAAGGAAACGUAAAUUUUUCAGACUUCUUUUUUCAAUUAUCCCCUUGGAAAAGGAAAAAAAAAACUGAGAAAAGCUUUUACUGUUUUCUGAUGUACAUAGUUGACGUAAUGAGCCCUUUUUGACAUUUUACUGAUAAACACUCAGACUGACAGCCGCUCUUUUUUUGCUCUGACUGUUUAAAUAUGAAUGAAACUUGAGCCCAGUGUGGGUCGGUGACAGACAGAAGCUUUUGGUGUCUCGAUGUCAUAUCAACUGUGUGUUUGGAAACAUACCAUCUCAUUUCAGUAUUGUUAGCACAGCCUUUGAUGCUUGACUAUAACCACCUGGAAAAACUUUGUGUUCUUGUGUUGCCAAGUCCUAAGUGCCUCCAAGUCAGGCGUUCUUUAAAUAAUUUGUCAGUUUCUUCUUUUGCUUAUGAUUUUUUUUCCCCAAGUCUUUUUAUUGCUCCUUUUAUACAAUUUGAAUGCCAUUGAUAAAACACAGAUGUUGACUUUUUCUACAAAAAGAAUAAAUCUUUUGCAAACCGGGUAACAUAAACUGA